ACGGCUUGGUGAACCAAUGAGCAGCACAGCAACCCCAGACCUAGGGCCAGGGAGAGAGAGCCUCCCACCCAAGAAAAGAGACCCCAGACCAAGCAUCUCGGAGCAGCUUCCUCUUGGCACAUUCAAGGUCCCCUACCCUCAUAGGAGCCAGAAUGUUGUCAAGCCCUACAACGCAUUGCCCUCGGGCCUGCUCCGACCAGCACCUACAUCAGUUCCCCAACUUUACCAGCCUUGGACCCAGUCCUGCUCCACAGCCAGCACCACCAGAGCCAACCCCUACCUCCCCUCUCCGGUCAGGGACAGUCACGGCUGGGCUGAGUGGAGGGAGUUCUGUUACAGAGGUUGGGCUGCCGUGCCGUCUGGGUUGGACGUUCCCUACAUUCUCCAUGACCCCUCAACACAGCCACACGACGCCCCACGCCACCCCUCCGUCUACACCCACUCGGCCCAGCCUGUAGGGCGGCCCGGUGGGGAGGACGGAGGCUAUAGGUGGAACUUAAAUCAUAUGGUGGGGGAGAAGUCAAGUCCACACACAGCACAGCAAAGCAAUGGUAGACAAAGGGGCCCACACUUGAGAAGGGGCAAACCGGGGGGGCACCAGGCCCGACCUAGCACAGGGAGAGGCCCCGCCCCUCCACACACUGGCCUGUCUCCUACUGCCUACAGGGAUGGACCCUAUCCCCCUGACCUGGUCUAUACCAACCACUCCAAAGCCCACAGGUAUCCUGCCUUGGGGCAAUGUUUUUUGGAAUCUGCGGCGCGAUCUCCCAAAAGACCGUCCCCCAGUGAUCAGUUGACAGAGAAGUACAGGACCGUGAUGGAGAAGGUAGAAGUGUCUCCGCCCCGGUCCUCCCGUCCCGCCACUUCUCCGGACCAGCUGCCCUGGCUGCUGCCUCACUUUGCCGCGGGCUCUCUAGUCGAGCUCAGAGACGGGCAGCUGAGGAAGGUGGAAGACCUUCGGGCAGAGGACUUCCUGAUCGGGGCCGAGGCCUGUCCGGAGCUGCGCCUGAGCAGCUGUACAGUACAGAGCAUCUCCCCCUCAACAACCCCCUCCCUCUCCCGCCUCCACAUGCUCCUGCAAGAGGAACGCUCUCAGGAGUGUCUGGACGUUUAUGUGGAGUAUCCAUUCUUCGUUCAGGGUCGUGGCUGGUCCUCCUGCUGUCCCCAGAGGACAGCCCGUCUGUGUGGCCUCCGUUGCCACCAACUCAGUGUGGGCGAUGUCUGCCUGGCUCUUAUACCUAUGUCACCCUCUACACCUUUACCUUCCCAGCCCGAGGGGAAAUGCACCCCAGCCGGAGGGGAAGAUGGGAGGCCUAAGCCCCUGCUGACGUCCUCCCCACAGACUGCCCUUCCCCCUGUUCCAGACAGGCCCACAGAGGGGCAGAGAAUGGGACAUACCUCUGCCAGGAAGAGGCGUUGGUCGGCCCCGGAGCUGCGUGGCCCGGGCACCAAUUGUCCUUACUGAUGAAAAAACUUUACAACACGGAGAGGGAGUCAGCCAAAACUGACAGUAGUUUGGUUUUCCUUAUGUCAACCUCACACUAUUUCCAUGUGUUCUGGACUGUCUUUUUCUCUCGUCUGUUUUGUAAAUACUAAUGAGGUUUAUCUAGAUGAACUCUCAGGAUCCCCUAGGGAUAGAGAACUGAGAUCCAUAGCAGGUACCAGUCUUGAAGCCAUGCAUUAUUAGAGAUGUAAGAUGAAGAACAUAUCAGGCACAACAUAUUACCUUAAGCAAACUCCACAGAAAUGACAUUUCAAAUGUAACACCCUAUUUUAAACACUGUAUUUUAUAAACUUGAAAAAAGAAUUCAGAAUGGUAUCCAUGAAAUAAUAUAUCAAUAUUAAUAUCUGCUAUUUAGCAAACGCUUGUAUCCAAAGUGACUCACAGUUAUGUGAGCAUACAUGGGUGGCCCAAGUAGAAAUGAAACCCACAAGCGUUGGUGUUAUUAAAUAAAAAGCGCCACGCCUAACCGACCGGGUCACCAGGACCAUGAUUCAGGGGGAAUAUAGUAUGUUAUGCGCUACCUCUAUGUCAGCCACUUUAAUAGACCUAACUAUUUGCUGUAUUUAGAGCGGUGAAUGUUACAGUACGUCUCAGAGAGUUCCACUGGCUCCCUGUGGUACUGUGGUGCUGUAUAGCUGACAGCUGUUGGUGUUGCAUUAUGCACUGGUAUCUGUUCUGUUACCUCAACUCUUGCAACAGUUUGACAAUCCUUUAUGUUAUGAAACUAGAACUUUAAUAUUAUAGAAAAUA